AUGGCACUGGCCUCGGGGCAGGGACUGAGCGCCCAACAGAAGAGCCCAUUGCUGCCAUCUGGGCACAGGCAGCCGCGGCUGAUGUGCCUGGGAGAGGAGGCAAGCAAGGCGCGGGAACUGGCCCGCAGCACUGGUGGCUUAGUGCUGGGCUUGGUCCUAGCCAGCUUGUAUGGGGCUCUGGUGCUGCUGGUGCAGGGCCACAACAUCUGGUACUGCCUGGUCACCACCAUCAGUCUGGGAGCAGGGCUGGGGCUGAGCAUGGCCUUCUCCUCCGCAGCACGAGUCACUGUGCUGCUCUCACUGCCACACGUCUUCACCAGAGAGGGGAAGGCACUGAUGCUGGUGCUUGUGCUGGGCAUGGCCGUGCAGGGUCCCUGCAGCAGCAUCCUGCACAACUUCUCCCGGGCCGCCGAGACGCUGUCGUGCGGGGCCGAGCUCGCCCUCAACCAGACGGCCGAGAGGCUUCAGGCUGCGCAGGAGCCGCUGCUGAAUGCCCUGUCUGAAAUCAAGGACAUCGCCCAGAAGUCCAAGGCAGUGGCCGACCACGUCCGCAAGUUCUUCCGCUCCAUCAUGGACUCUGUCACCCACAUCGGGCGAGUACUGGGCAACGUCUGGACGUGGCUGAUGAGCAUAACCGAGGUGUGCAACGAGGAGCUGGGCACCCCCUACCACCGCUGCCUGCGCCUCUUCGACGAGGCCAAGGAGAACUGCGACCGCACCCUCUUCUUCUUCUCCUUCCUCUGCUACAUCAUCGUCCCCUUCAGGUCCCUCUGUGGAGUGGCCAAAAUUGUCCUCCUCUUCUGCGUCAUCCCACAGUACCUCCAGUCCUUCAUCAAGAAGAACAUCUCAGCCCCCCUUGAGGAAGCUCUGAACAAGGUCCGCCGAGAGUUUGAGUUCAACAUCUCAGCUGUGCAUCACUUCGAUGUCAAGCUCAACGCUAGCAAGAGCCUGGGGGAGGUGGCUCUGGACAUCAUGGAGAAUGUGGGCGAGCUCCUGGAGCCCAUCCACGAGGCCUUGGGAAUCAUCACACACGUCUCGUUCUUUGUCAUCCUCUACAUGUACUUCCAGGCACUGCGGUACCGUCGCCAGUACCUGCGGGAUGAUUCCUUCGACAACAUCUACAUCACCAGGCAAUUCGUGGCGCUGGACCUGCGGCGGGCAGAGCAGGGCAGGCCCACGGUGCUACCCCUGACCAGCUGGGAGAACCUCCGAUACUUCUCCCCAGCCGCGCCGUGGAUGUCGCAGAAGGAGCGGCGUCGGUACGGGCUGCAGCUGGCAGGGGUCUUGCGCCACUUGCUGCUGGGGGGCUGCAUCAUCAUGGCUGACUACAGCCUCUUCUGGCUGCUGGACCUGGUCCAGCACCACCUCCGGGGGGAGAUCGUUGCCAGAGCGCCAGUGGAGCUGGGCAUGAGCGUCAGUGGCACAGGUUAUGCCAGCGACAUCUUCCGGGACUUGGUCUCCGCCUUCGACACGCUGCAGAAAGGCAACAUCUCGGUGCUGUCCCAGCGCUGCCUCCUCCGGCCCGUGGAGCCUGACUACAGCACUUACCUCACCAUGGGACUCCUCUAUGGCAUCUGCCUCUUCAUCACUCUCUUCGGUGGGUACGUGGCACGCCUGCGCCGGGCAGUGUGUGCUGCCUACUACCCUUACCGUGAGAAGGAGCGCAUAUCCUUCCUCCACACUGCCAUCCUGGCACGGCGGGAAGUGCUGACAAGUGCCCUGCACCAAGAUGCCAUGCGGCGCGUGGCUGGCACUGGGAAAACCAACCCGUUCCUCUCUCUCAUCUCCAGGCUGCCUGCCUUUGCCUGGCUUGCUUGGCUCUUGGGCAUCCAGAAGAAAUGCCUGGCCUGUGGGAUGGCAAAGCAGUCAGACUUCAUCAAGUGCCUCACGCCCAGAUGCAAGGGGUUGUAUUGCAGCCAGUGCCACCAAAUCCUCAACAACGUCUGCUCCAUCUGCAUGGGCCUCCUGACCUACCCAGACACUGAGGACAAGGAGAUGGACUCCAGCGACGAGGAGACGAUGGGGCUGUGGCUGGGGGCUGUGCGGACUCUGCGGGGCCAGGAGCGAGGGCGGCUGCUGCGGCAACGCAUUCAGGAGGUGGCAAAAGGCCAGGGGGGUGGCCGGAGGUUGCCCCCGAAGCUGGCAGCCCGAUUGAAAGCCCAGCUGAAGCAGGAAGGGAGCGAGGAGAGCGAUGGGGGCAGCAGUGGCGUGGAGAGCUCAGAUGGCUCGCUCAACAGCCUGGACUUCAGCUACCAGGACCGGGCAGAGAGCAGUGGCAGUGAGCUGGAGGAGGUGGUGGCAGCGCAGCCGCCCAACAGCAAGGGCAGGGCCCGGUGA